GCAGGCGCGCUUGCUGUUGGUGGCCGCUGCCCCGGUCGUCAGUGUGCUGGCGCCUCUUUCUCGACAGUGCGCGAUCCCAGGACCCCCCAGGUGCCGCACGGACCGAGGGCAGAGCUCCGUUCUCAAGGAUGAUGGGCGAGUCCACCGGCACUUCCCUUGGCUUUGAAUUUCCUGAAAGAGAAGAGGAGGCUUCAGAGAUGCCAAGGGGCUCCAAAGUUAUGAAAGCCAGCCUGCCCCCUGAUUUGAGGAAGAAGUACGCCUUUGUGAGGAAGAAGGCCUUUGCCAUUUUCGUCCAGUCGAGGGAGUCCACCCCGGGUGGGCAGGUGCUGCCCAGGAGAGUCUGGCAUUGCUGUGCUCAGGCCUUCCUGUGUCCCGUCACCAUCCACAAACAUGUGGCCGUGCGUCACGAGGCUGACGUCUUGAGAAGUGUCGAGGAGAUCCUGAAGGCGCUGAUACGGCCAGACGAAGCCAGCAGCCAGCAGACGCCCUUCAGACUGCCAGGGGAGGCCAUCGGGGGCGCAGAUGUGGACCCGAGUCCCAUGGACACGGAGCAGAAGGACAGUGAACCAGGCCAGGUGCUGCUCUUCUACUGCUACUGUGACCUUCAGGACCCCAACGGCGUCUGCGUGUGGCAAAGAGGUCUCUGUCAGCGCUUACAGCUCACCGGCAAGGUCCGAAUUGCCAAGGAAGGAAUCAAUGGGACAGUCGGGGGCAGCGAGGCGGCCACAGAGCUCUACGUCGAGGCCAUGCUCUCUCAUCCAGUCUUCAGCAACGUCAUGUGCAAGGAGGACUUCAAGACCAGCAGUGGCGGCGCACGGUGCUUUCCAGACCUGCGAGUCGGCGUCUACAGUGAGAUUGUUCCCCUAGGCAUUGACCCGUCUGCGUUGUCCUACAAGGUGGCAGGAGCCCACCUUUCGCCCGAGGAGUUUCACGAGGAGGUGGAGCGCUACGUGUCGGAGGAGAGCGGGACCCCCAGUGACACCAUCCUGCUGGACUGCCGCAACUUCUACGAGAGCAGAAUUGGCCGCUUCACCAAGUGCCUCGCUCCGGACAUUCGCAAGUUCAGCUACUUCCCCGAUUACGUCGAUCAAAAUGUGGACUUGUUCCGAGAGCGGCGGGUGCUCAUGUACUGCACGGGGGGCAUUCGCUGCGAGCGGGCAUCGGCCUACCUGCGCUCCAAGGGGGUAUGCAAGACGGUGUACCAGCUGAAGGGUGGCAUUCACAAGUACUUGGAGCGUUUCCCAGAUGGUUUCUUUCGUGGCAAACUCUUUGUCUUUGAUGAGCGCUAUGCCAUUGCCACAAAUGGUGACGUCAUUUCCAACUGCAAGUACUGUGGAGCCCCCUGGGAUCAGUACAGGGUGUGCACAUCUGACCACUGCCACCAGCUGGUGCUGUCCUGCAGCGAGUGCCAGGGAAGAGGAAGGACCGCCUGCUGUGCCACCUGCCAGGAGAAGGCAUGGACGUGUGCGAAUGACCAGCUGAAGGAGGAGUGCGACUGCACCAGAGCGCGGCCUCGCAUCCCAGUGGAAGGAGCUGCUGCCACCGCUGUCCCCGUCCCCCUCAAGUCAUUGUGACAUCGCUGGGCACAUGCAGGGCGCUUUUAUCAGCAAUAAAGAUGGAAGAUGAGCCUCCAGGGCAGGAGCAGCUGACUCAUGAACCGUGGAGGGGGGGUCUGUCACAUGAGGGCACGGGGUCUAUGUGGGCUGGAGAGGAGAAAGUGGCAUCGGUGGGCGUGCCAGUGUUUAGUAAAAAUCACAGACUGAGA